UUUCGGUAUUAUCACCAUUCGAAACGGGAAUUUCAAUUGUAAAGUUCAGCGUCGAUUCACAAUAUGUGAUUACAGUGUCGGUUGCAGAUGACAACGGUGAACAAACGAUAGACUUAUGGGAUUGGAAAUCGGGCAAAGAAGAAUCGGCUUACAUAUAAUAACGGGCAAUAUUAACGGUGAUAUUUUCUUUUACGAUCAAUCAUUGCUUGUACUGUACCACUUGAACAUGUUUGUUGGCGAUGCCAUUACUUCCAUUUCAAUGCUUGACAAUAAAAUUCAUGUAGAAAAUGGGGGAGGAGACUCGAGUACGUAUGAAAAAUUAGAAAAAACAACGCAAAAUCACAUUCUGCUCGUUGACGACUCUGUGUCUGAGUGCGACAACAGUCCCGAAGUCGGUUCCGAUUUCACCACCAACCACGAUUUUGUAUCCAGUCCAUUUCUUAUAAGCACGAGAAGCUGCAGAAUUUUUCAAAUUGAUAUUUGCAACAAAACUUCUUAUUAUAUAUUUGAACAGUGUGAAGUAGAAUUUAUUACCGCAUUGGCAGUAAACCCCAACCGGAGCGAUAUAAUAAUGGGCAAUUCAAUCGGCGGGCUUGUUUUGUACAACCAUCGAAAGAAAAAAACUAACAUUAGGAUGGCUGGAGAUUGGAAAAGUAAAGAAGACCAUCGGGUCACCUGCAUCAAAUAUUCCCCAAAUGGAAAUUAUCUUUGUUGCGGUCGCUCGGAUGGAUUGUUUCAGUUUUUAGAUCCUUAUAGCAUAACACUAAUGGGCAACUUAUCUUUCAAGUGGAACGAAUCACCAGUGCAAUACAUAACGUUUAGCGAGUCUUCGAUGUAUAUGGCAUACACUGACGAUUUGUUUGGUAUAUACUUGUACGGCAUGAUACAGUUGCAGAAUUCGAACGAAUACAGUGUUAAUUACUAUGGGUGUUAUGAAGUACACAAUAAAUCCAUUCGGAGUAUUGUAAUGUCCGAGUACAGUUCCAGUCUAAUGAUUUACAGCCUCGGGGCGGAUCACAAAAUAAUCGUAUUGGAAUUAGAUAAAACGUAA